AUUUGUGCUGCCUGAUCCCUCCAAUAACUGAACUGGAAGAGGUGUUGACACGACCCUUUGAGAUAAGGCCUUAUUGUGUUGAAGGGAUAGUGUUGCUUAUUGACUAGAGCUUCUUAUGCUAACAUUUACAGUGUAUUUUUCCCUGGGGACAGUGGUGCCAAAGCUUGCAUCCUUUGGAAAACUAAUGGAAGAGGGAAAAAAAAUUGUAAACAUCAUGAUAAUGUUUUCAAAUUUGAAUGUAAGCGCACAUGUAUGAUAAGUAAUAAUGUUGUCUCACUGGAGCAGUGCAUCCAUUCAGCAAUAACCACGUUUCAACAUAAGACGGCGAUCAAACUACAAGCUACACUUUAGGUGUCUUGAAUCUCUCUAAAGCUCUUUUGUGACAAAAUCCAAUCUGAUUAUUUAACAAAAUCAAAUUUGGUGGACUAAACUACACGCCAUAUCAUGAAACUCCUCAUAACAUGAAAUACAAAAAGAAAACAUACGAAACUCAAGCUCUACAGCUUGAAACCGAGAGCAAGGUUGUAACACUUGAACACUAGGAAUGAAUAAUAAAGUGCAAUCAAGGGGGGUCAUGGUGCAUCAUGCAACGCUGUUAUGAAAUAUUUUGCAGUUUACCUUAUCAGGGCCGAGCCAGGGUGCUUAUGGACACCCAUUUCUGAGAUGACUAGACAAUAUUACUGAGAUUACCCAAAUGAACUCCACAUCAAGUACUUUAAAAACCCAUUAGUGGCAAGAUGAUGAAGGGAGAGAAUAUAUGUAUAGGGGAAAAGAUAUAACAAUUUCAGUGAACUGCCUUAGAGAUGAACAAUUCAUACCAGUGUAACACAAAAGAACUGGUGCGUCUAAUGUGUGUGCUGGAAUCUACCUCUUAGCUGAGACUAAAAUAUAAAUGUUCAAUCUCAAAUUCUAAUACAAUAAUAUAAUACACAGGUAAUCUCAAUUGAAAAAUAAUCAACUGUGAUAUUGAUGAGCUUGGUUAACAUUAGAGACUUGGUUAACAUUUGGUAAUAUUCUACUCACUCUUACACAUUUUCUCAUAAGCUUAUUAUUCAUAUGUCUUAAGUUUGGCAGCAUAUUUAUUUCAAGCCAUACUGUAUUUACAUUUAAUAUUUGAAUAGAUACUCAUUGUGACUAUGGAUGAGUAUUAUUUUGAUCUAAUAAAAGGUUUAGGCUACUAAAAAGGAAUAUUGCAUUAUAAUGUGCAAAAACAAAAGAAAGAAAAGACCAUUUUUCUGAUUAUUUAAAAGAAUAACAUGUACGCAAAUUAUUUUGCUGUCAAACAAAUGAAUAGUGGUUAUAAAUAAUCACAACAGCAUUUGAGGUAUUCCUAAAAUGCUAAGCCAUACUUUAUAAGUACAGAUCUUGGUUUACAGUUGAAACUACAGGACAUUAUAGUCACACUCUACUUUAUACAGUACCUUAACAAUGCCUUAUAAUGAAUUAUAAUUAAAUUAAAAUAGUCUGAUGCACAAUGCGGUGCACAAUAGAAUACAAGACUUUUCUUCUAAAGCUUUCUGUGUUUCUAAGUGUAUAUAAUCCUUAGGUGUUGCCAGGUCAAGAAUGGCUUGUAUACAAUGCAAAUUCAAAAUGAUGAUAUGGUAAAUCACUGGAAUGUAGCAAAGACUGAUUCAACUCUUGUGUUUUAAUGCAAUAGAAGUGACUAAGACUGGGAGAAGAGUGUAAAUGGAUCCCUCAUCACACUUAAAGGGGCGUGAAAUACCAUCUUACCAAAAUGUGGGCGGGGUUCCAAAGUUUCUGCUUAUAAAAAGGGAUUCCAGCAGAUGGAAGGUAGAGCGUAGGAGUGCCUCACACCCCAAGCCUUAACCAACUUCAUACUUUCUUGGCUGCAGUUUCUCAGGCCUACUGUCUCAGGCAUCUUCGCAAUGCCAUCAAAUCUCCUUACACCUUUUCUUGAGUUGGAUGAGGAAUUUUGCAAGACUUUUCAGAGUCUAGAAGUGCAGGAUGGGUCGCGGCGUGCAGUCGGAUUCCAGCGUAGACAUUCCCUGUGCCCGGUCACACUUCCCAACUCCAAAUUCAACAUCGUUGGAGGAGUCAUAGACCCUACAGAUGACCUCUGGUCCCUUACAAGCAUUAUCAACCAGCCAUGGAGCCGGGAACAGCUUCCGCGCUCUGCCCUACAGCGCAUCCCGUUCCGGGCUGACCGCUCUGUGAGUAUGAUCGAAGGACACGUGAGUGGCGAGUCCACCCUACCGCCUCAACCGGGCCUGUGUAUCUCCCCGCCGGGCCUGAGCGUCUCCCCGUCCUCCCCAAGAGCAACACCGGUGCCUGCUGUAUCUGCGCGCUACAAAACCGAGCUCUGUCGCACCUACGAGGAGAGUGGAGCGUGCAAGUACGGUGCCAAGUGCCAGUUUGCGCACGGCACAGACGAGCUGCGCGGCCUGAGCAGGCACCCCAAGUACAAAACCGAGCCGUGCCGUACCUUCCACACCGUGGGCUUUUGUCCUUACGGCGCGCGCUGUCACUUCAUCCACAAUGCCGACGAGCAGCAGCAACAGCGGCAGGCCACGAGCACCACCAGGGAGCGCCCGCGCCUGUUGCGCCAGAGCGUCAGCUUCGCCGGCUUUUCUUCCCGAGCCACCGUGGCUGCUUUCCAGGCCCUGCCAGACCCGCUCGCGUUCACCAGAGCGUCUUCAGUGUCUCCUCCACCAUCAUCUUCCUUUUCGUGCAGCCCUGAUCUCCCGUCUCCACCACUGCUCCCAGAGCACGGAGCCUUGAAGCACGGCUUCGGGUUCACAGCAGAUAUCGCGCUCAGCGACCGGAUCGCGGCUCUGCAGCGCAGCGCGUCUGCGGACUCGCUCUCUGAUCACGACGGCUACUCGAGCUCCGGGAGCCUAAGCGGCUGCGACUCGCCUGGUGUAGAAUUAUGCAGGCGUCUGCCCAUCUUCAGCCGCCUGUCUGUCUCAGACGAUUAAUUAACGAUCUGUGCAUAUUGCAUAAUGGUUUUGAUUUGUUAUAUAUAUAUUUUACUUCUUCAUCAAAUCCAACAGAAGUUUACACAGAAUAUCCCAUAGUUCUGUACUAAGACCCAUAGUUUUGUCAACCGCACAUUACUUAGAUAUAAAAACUGAAUAUAGUGUUCAUUUGUGACCACGUGACCUGAUCUGACCCCUAUAGGUGUUAAUCCAACACUGGCUUUUUGCUGUGUGCCAAUGUAUACUGUUGUAUACCAGUUGAAACUGUACUGGGUAUUUCACUCUAGAUUCACACACAUUUGGGUCUCCUAGAUGCAAGGAAAUGUUCUGAGAACCUUUCUGUACCCAUUUUGUUUGGAAAGUGUAACGUAAUAGUGCAGAUGAGCAUGUUCCACUACAUGCAGACAUCUGUGGUUUAACCAAAGCUGAACAAUUUUACUCUAUAUUUCACCGUAGGCCGACCCCUAACCUUGAACCCAGACAUGUACUGUAAACAAAGUGUAGCCUUUAGUGAAGGCAUUUUAUAAAUUGAUAGUUUUACAAAGUAGUUUGAACUGGUUUCUUGUCUAAAAUUCUAUUUAUUGCCCAUUUUAUUCUUUUGUGAUUGCAUUUUGAUAUAAAUUUUAUGCAUUUUUACACAUCUCUUGAGUUUGAGCUAUUUCCCAGCUUUAAGUGAGACCAGCAGUACGGACUCUGAAUGUAGAAAUCUCAGGAUCAUAAGUGAUAAAAUUCCACCACUUUCUAUUAUGCUUCUCUUACGCUCACUAAGAUCAGUAUUUGGGCUCAAUCAUUUCAAACGUGUGUGUGUGUGUGUGUGUGUGUGUGUGUGUGUGAGUAUGUGUGCAAGUGGCAGUGUGACAAUGUAUCAGGAAAUAGUGCUACAUCAUCUUAGUCUCUUGCACUGUCAAUCUGUAUUAUAGAGACUAAAAGAUGCAAUGUUCUUCGCAGUGUAUACAUGUAGAAGAAAAGUGCAUUUUCUGACUUUGAUUAAAAGCUUACAAUGUAGUUGAUCUUUUUUUUUUAAAAAAAAAAAAAAAGAAAGAAAAAAAACCCUGCAAGUUCCUCUCUUAGUUUCCUGUGUAAGCUAUUGCCUUUUGUUAACUUAAACUUAUUUAUUUUCUUUUUUUCAGUGCAAGAAAAAGACAGUAUAAUGUGCUAUGAUUUUGUAUUGUGUUGUUUCAUAUCUAAUUUAAAUGGACUGUUUACAUUCAUUGGGGUUGUAUUGCCCACUUUAUAAUAUAUUGUUGAUUGUUUUGAAAUAAACUUUCAGAAACUUUACAUUCAA